AUGGUCCACCUCAUACAAACAACCGUCACCUUCCUCACCCUCCUCCUCACUAUCUCCACUGCGGCCCCUCUCAUUCCCGCCUCCGCCCCCAGAUCCGUCCUUCCCAGUCGCGGUUCCAGCAACCUCACCAGCAAAAGCUGGUCAGGCAUUGGCCAAAUCCGCACCCUCUGGGACGGAAGCAGCCACGACGAUCUUGGCUGCCUCACGGCUUCUGGACGCUGGACCACCGACGAGUACUCUUGCGGCACGUUUAUCGCCCUGCGCAAGGAUGGAGACUCAAUAGGAGCUACGCAGUUUACUCUCACCAGCAAGGAGGCGGGUCCUUGCGAGAUGUUGGGAACGACGCUCGUUUGUGAGAAGGGCAGGGGCGGGUAUGUCUUUGGGAUCUGGCCCUUCCCGAAUGGAGUUCCUGGAGUCGAGUGUCUGCGGUAUGGACUGUAUGGCUUGAUGGCGAGCGUGCAGGGGGGGCCGCCGGAUGUGAGGGCGAGACCGUUGGACUUGCGGUUUACGUCGUAUGUUGAGAAGGGAAAGCCAAUGACCUCUGGGAAGGCACACUGGGCUAGCUCUUGGAGGAAGAUCGUCAUGGACGAUUCCAUGAUGGGAGAUAAUACAGCGCCGACUGCGAUCGAUAAAGGCCUAAGCGCCAUGAUGCUCACCCACGAACUCAUAAAAAUGAGUAAUAAACAGGCCGAGGAAAAAUUGCUUCGGCUUACUGAAGCCAGCGGCCUCGACUCAACUCUGGCCCGCGACAUCAUCUCCCUCUUAAUCAUGUUUAUUGUAGAGGGUGGUAAUCCACACACAAUGAUCAACCUUCUUGAUUUCAUCAGCGAGUCGCUAGCUUGGUUUUGGAGCGAUUCCGAGCGCGAAAAGGCCCUAAAGUUCGUUGAGGACAGAAUCGUACCGAGCAGUAUGCCAAGUGAUAAUUCACACUUCUCCUUACUAUCUUUACUUCUCGGCCAUCCAGAGUUGUUUCUCAGGGUUCAUAUCCUCGUUGCACGUACCUCGACGCUGGACAACCUGAUGCUUUCUUCGUCCAUUAUCCAGCUUGACCUUGACGACGAGACGCAGGCUUAUGCCAGAAGCAGGUUCAACGAUUACUGGAGUUCCAUUACCACAGGGCCCUGGGCAAAUGAUAUCGUCAGGAAUCACAUCUACGAGACACAUAGCGUUUACAAAUAUCAACUUCCAAAUUUUCCGGAGUUUGGGCAGACAAAAUUGUUCAGGGAGGGUCCCUACAGCAAAACCGAUAUUCAGGAAUGGCUCGACUCUGUAGCCCACGUAAAGGUACUUAAAGAGGACGCCGCCCUUAUGGACUCCGACAACGGCGCCCCGUCUCAGGGCGGGUUACCAGGCAUGUUUGGAUCUCUUUCGUUGGGCACAGAUGGCGACAACGGUGAUGGUGGUGGCAAUGGUGACAAUGGUGACAAUGGAGGUUCCAUGGAUACUUCCUAA